AUGGACCCCAAGCUCACAAUCGAAAAUGUAAGCGUGCUGUCGGCCGGGACGUCGACACGGGGCACGCUGAAGCUCACAAACUUCCACAUUGUCUUUUGUGCCCCAAUCCCGACACCGCCACUAGCAAGGGCGGCAUCGUCAACAGCUUCGUCAGCAGCGACACCACCACCCCCUCCACCAAAGGACAGCCCGACUCGCACAUCCAACGACUCCUCCUCUACUCCCUCCGACUCUAGCAAACAAAAACCACAACCGCCAACUACGGCACCCGCCCGGCAGCGCGAGUCGUGGAUUACCUACCCCAUUAUUGCCCACUGUACGUUCCGGCCCACGCCGUCCUCGAGCGGCGUGCCCUCCUCGAUCCGCAUACGGUGCCGUGACUUUAAUAUUGUCUGCUUUAGCUUCACCGACGAGAAGCAGGCUCGCGAGGUCUUUGAGUUUAUCCGCAGCCGCACCUGCCGCCUCGGCAGCAUCGAGAAGCUCUACGCCUUCUCGUAUGCGCCCGCGCGCCAGGAGAAGGACUUGUGCGGCUGGGACGUCUACGACGCACGUGCUGAGUUCCGCCGGCAGGGCAUCAAUGAGAAGCUGCCAGACCGUGGCUGGCGCAUCUCGCACAUCAACAAGGACUAUACCUUUUCACCAACGUACCCGAGCCUGCUUGUGGUGCCCUCCAAGAUCUCGGACAACGUGUUGAAAUACGCCGGCCAGUUCCGCUCGCGCGCGCGCAUUCCGGCCCUGACGUACUACCACCCCAUUACGCAGUGCAGCAUCACCCGCAGCUCGCAGCCUCUGGUGGGUGUUCGGAACAAUCGCAGCAUACAGGAUGAGCGGCUGGUGAGCGCGUGCUUCUACAAGUCGACGGCUGUCUUCAGUGGCGACGCGACGCACAGCAACAGCAAUAUCCGUAAUAACGGCUCUAAUACAGCUACCAGUGACUCGUCGACGCCGAGCGGCGAGUCGGGGAGCGGGAGCGGUGACACUAUGAUUGUCACAUACGAUGGUGUGGCCGAAGCAGUGACCAUCGUAGACAAGAUGGGAGGCAGUGGUGGCGACGACUCGGCCACCGAGGCCGAUGAUGGGUCCGACGAUAAUCCGGCGAGCCGCGUCUUCGGUGCCCGGCGGGACAACCUCAUUGUCGACGCACGCCCGGCCAUCAACUCGCUUGCCAUGCAGGUGGUGGGCAAAGGGUCCGAGAACAUGGACCACUACAAGUCGGCCACCAAGAUGUUCCUUAGUAUUGACAACAUUCACGUCAUGCGGGAGUCGCUCAACAAGGUCAUCGAGGCCGUCAAGGACGCUGACAUCUCGCCGCUGCCGCCCAGCCAGGACCUGCUGGCCAAGAGCGGCUGGCUCAAGCACAUCCGCGGCAUCUUGACGGGCUCGCAGACCAUUGCGCGCCAGGUCGGUGUCAGCGCUGCCCACGUGCUGAUCCACUGCUCCGACGGCUGGGACCGCACAAGCCAGCUCAGCGGCCUCGCGCAGAUUAUGCUGGACCCUUACUUCCGCACCAUUGACGGUUUCAUCGUCCUGGUGGAAAAGGACUGGCUGUCGUUUGGCCACAUGUUCCAGCAGCGCUCCGGCCACCUCAACUCAGAGAAGUGGUUCGUCACACAAAACGACGCCAUGGCAGGGACCAAGAUUGAACCGGGCGAGAGCGAUGGGCGCAACGAGGUCUUUGACAAUGCCGUGGCCAGCGCGCGCCGGUUCUUCAAGAAGAGCCUGAGCCAGGACAAGGAAGAGUCGGACGGCGACGGCGCCGCCGAAGAUGCUGGCAGCCGGUCCGCACCCGUGGAAGAGAGCCAAGCGACACGCCCGCGUGAAAUCAGCCCGGUCUUCCACCAGUUCCUGGAUGCUACAUACCAGCUGCUGCGGCAAUAUCCCACGCGCUUCGAGUUCAACGAGCGCUUUCUGCGGCGUCUUCUGUACCACCUCUACUCGUGCCAGUAUGGCACCUUCCUCUAUAACAACGAGCGCCAGCGCCUCGAAGCCAAGGUGCGAGAGCGCACCUCGUCUGUCUGGGACUAUUUCUUGUCCCGCCGUGCCGAAUUCACCAACCCACAAUAUGACGCCUCCGCCAUGGCUGCUGCCACCAACGGUAGCAACGAAGGCAACGGCCGCCAAGACGACCGCCUGCUGUUCCCAAAACUCGACGAGAUCCGCUGGUGGCACCAGGCCUUUAACCGCACCGACCAGGACAUGAACAGCGCGCUCAACGCUGCGGCAGCCGCCGCGGUGGAACGCCACGUUAACUACCACGCCACCAUGACGGCCACAGCUGCGGCGCCGGCGACGGUUAUCGUGACGCCCGGCGACGACGAUCCUACAGCCCCAUCAGGCCUAACGGCAAGGAGUGCGCGCAGCAGCCGGUCCGUCUCGCCCCGCCGUGGUGCCAGUCCGGCCUCACCGCCGUCCUUCCAGACGUCGCAGUCCGCGGGAGCCGAGCUUGCGACGACGGCGACAACGGCGACAACAACAGCAACGACGAUCAACGUCCCCAACGCCGCCAUGGCGCGCGCUCUGCUCGCCUCGCCCGUUGAUGACAAUGUCGACUCGAUCCCCUCAUUCCAGCGCAGCGGCUCGUCUACCAACGAACCCAGCGCCUUUGCUGCUCUCCGGGACGGCUUUGCCGGCCUCGGUCUGGGCCAAAAGGUCGGCGGCGUCCUUGGCACGCUGUCGGCCGUCGGCAGUAGCAUUGGCAAUGGUAAUGGCAAUGGCAGUACUACAGGGAACGCAACUAACACCGUUCAUGAGAGUGGCGGCUCCGUGUCCGGCACCAGAAGUGGUACACCUGCUAGCAACAUCAACGGCCGCGAGUCUCUCUUUGGCCUGGCCGACGCGGACGGGGACAAAGACAACGCGACCAGCAGUGGCGGCAGCGGCAGCGGCGGCGUUUUUGACUCGUUUGUGGGUGGCAGCGGCAGCAGACGCAGCCGGCAGAUGAACCGCUCGAGCGGCGAGCAAGAGCUGCGGGAUAUGUAG